AUGGCCGACCGGUUCCCAUCAUUAGAUGAGAUCGAUGCUGGUCAUACGGAAGCGCGCGGUGAUGCAACCAACUUCGAUCUCGUAGGCGACUCCAACGAUAACGCAGACUUCCUCUCCCGUGAGCGCGCACUCCUUGGCGACGAUGCGGACCAGUUUGCUUCGGAGAAUGAUAGAGUAGCUACGGUCGAGGACGGCGAGGACGACUUGCUGGGAGGAGAUUACACUGAUGCCAAUGUUGCAUCACAAGAGAUGAGUGGUUUCGAGAGCUCAUUCCCCGCGAUCGACACUACCAAUGAUCACGUGGCCCCAGGUGGCACUAUCACCGGCUCUGGACUUCCAUUCCUCCCCGGCCAACCCGCACCCUCCUUCACACCCGUGCGCUCCGACUCACCAGAGCCUGAUGUCAUCCGAGAAUGGCGCGAGCGCCGCGAUCUUCAGAUCCAGCACCGCGAUCAAGUAUCUGCCGACCGCAAGGCCCAGACAAUUAAAGAAGCGCAGCAAAACAUCGACGACUUCUAUGAGAAUUACAACAACAAGAAAGAAAAGGAGAUUGCCAAGACACGAAAAGAGGCAGAAGAGUUCCUUGCAAAUCGAGACGAUACUACUGCCGGUGGCACCAGUUGGGAGCGCAUCGCCAAAUUGGUUGACCUCAGUGGAAAAGGAACCAAAGGUGGAGCGUCAGGCAGCGAGAAGGCGCGAUUCAGGGAAUUGCUUUUGAGCUUGAAGAAGGACGAGAACGCACCUGGUGCCACUGGGUACUAG